CGUACACCGCAAUACGAUGCAGAGUGAAAUUUGUCCUGCUCACUCACUCUGGCCUGACAGGCCUUGAUCAACGAUGAAGAUGGCGACAGGCCUCGAGUUCAGUGAAGAAGAAGAUUUGCUCACUGAUGAGACCAUCGAGGAGCGGGAUCCUAAUUUCGUGGAGGAGAGAUUUCGCGUAGACCGGCGUAAACUGGAGCAAAUGCUUCAAGGUCAGGCUCAGUAAUUGGAGGAACUCGUGAUUUUUAUUUACUCUCGAGUCUAUUUUGCUUAAAUUAUCAGCUGAAUUUUGUCUUAAUGUUUGCGAUUUUUAGCUGCGGUAGCAGGAUGUGGACAAACAGGCGAAGAGUUCUUCCAGAAGGUUAGAGGAGGUUAAAUUAUCGUUUCUAACUCGCUAGAUAAUUGCAGCUGUAUUUUAAAUCGUUUUGUGGUGGUAUGUGUCAUAGAUUAUGGACGAAACGGCAACCACGAUAACAUGGCCCUCGAAACUCAAGAUCGGAGCGAAAUCAAAGAAAGGUUAGUCAGUAAACAGCUCUUAUGUUCGUCAAGGAUAGCUUGGUUUGAUUAAAUUUCACUGGCUCGGAACAACUUAUUUCAAACGAGAAGGGUGAAAUGGCUCGUGCGCUUCGUUGACAUGGUAGUGUGCUUUUAGCAUGGGUCACAUACUCAAACUAUUGCAAACUGAAGUGGAAAUCGUGAUUGUUUUGAUUCGUUUGAAUAGCUGGCCCGUAUUCCGUCGCAAACAUUUAAUAACAUUUUUUAAUUUGUUAAUACUAAUUGUCACAAAUAGAAAAUUCACCGAAAUGAAUCAUUUGCUUUUAUUAGUUCCUCGUGUCUCGAAGGAUCUUGUUUUACCACUAAUGAUACCAGAAACAGCUUUUGUGUGGAUUGAAAAAAAAUUAUUUUCUUUUGUGGCUAAUUUCCUUUGUAUCAAGCUUUUCUUUCGAAAGAUAAGCAUAGUAAUUGCAGUUAUUUUGUUAUAAAUAACUGUUUCUUCAGGCGGUCUCUGAGUUCGAUGGUGCGAGACGAAAAUCGCGUUUCUCUUUUCGAUUGUUUUCUGACCCUUGCGUUUCCGGAAGGUGUGAAGUAAACUAAGAAAUUUAGUGAGUCCUUCGAAAACUAUGAAAUCUAUUGUUUCGUAGAGAUAAACUGUAACUUUGAGGAGAAGGAGAAUAAUACUCUGCUGGCUCUGUUUCUAGCUUGACCUGUUUUGCAUUCUCUUCUCAAGAGAUACAGCUAUUAAAACUCGAAUCGACGGCGUAAUAUUAAAUUGUAUUUGGUUAUCUUCCAGCAUUGUUUGAUCCCUCGACCUAUGCUGCUACAUGUUUUGUAUUCAGCUUUAGCGCUAGAAAGUUUAGUUGCAUGUUAAUUUUGUCGAAAUUAGUUCUUUCUAAUAUCUUGCGUUCGCCUGAGCGCAGUAUUGAUCGGAAGGGCCCGUUAUGGCACGCUCUGUGAAAUUUCUUUUUUGACUGAUUGUUGAGUGUCUAAACUCUAUUCUGUUCUGGCCCGAGCGACUCACUCUUGUUUACAUUGAUAGUAAAAACAUGUCCCGUUUUCUUCGGUGGGAUUUUACCACGACAGCCCUUAAACGGUAUUUUAUUCGCGAAAUCAAUUAGGUUACGGAUGUGGAAAGGAUUGUCCUCUUCUGUUUUGUCGGUGCCUCGAGUCAUUCAUGCAUGUACGAUCCUACUGGGAAUAUUCAUUUCGGCGACACGCUUGCUGAAGCGAGUCACGCAUGGUAACUGACCUCGUGCCCUUUGAUUUAUCUACCUUUUGUUGCUUACAUUUCCCAGCACGAACGUAAUAAACUCAUGUCUCGACGGGAAGGAUAAGCAAACACAAUUAUCGCAGAAAAUAUGUUCCUUCGCGUGUCUCUACAUCGAACGACGCUUUACAAUAUCGUAAUUGCUUUUGAAUUCGUGUGGGAUAGAAGGCGCGAGGUGAAAAUGAUUUUGUUGUCGAUAUGUUUGUAGUUUCUUUGGGAAGAUCGCGAGUCGCAUGGGUUAUUUGAUAAUGUUCUCUAAGUAUUUACGACUUUAGUGAAGUAAACAAUAGACUUAAUUUGCAUCGUAUGACGUGAGUUCAAAGCAAGGAGCCGUGUUUACGAACUUACUCGGUACGUGUCUGAUGAUAAAUUUCAAGUCGCGAUUGAAAUGACCUCCCAUUUGUGUUUGAUUUGUAUAUUUUGAUUUGAAAACCACUGGUAAUUGUCAUUGUAAAAUACAGAGUUUCUUUGUUUUGUGAAUAUCGAGGUAUUGUGAUGGCUAGCCAUAAUUAUCGUGUAGGAACUUAUGUAAACACCCGUUGAAAAGGACUUAUGUUCCGCCUGAGGUGUGCAGUACAUGCAGAAACUGGGUUAAGGUUUAUCAGAUCUAAAUUUUUUAAAGUAUCUAGUGAUAAAGCUCAACCAGUGAGGAAGCCUUCAUCAUUGCUGUUGAUAGUUUUAUGGUAUGGUUUGAUUUCAUAUCAACCAAUCUUUCCUUUCGUUGUAUCUUUUUGUGUGAUUUUAAACUUUUGUUUUCUUUGAAAAAUUAAUAAUUUGUUUUUACUGUUUAAAUCUGAGGGAUGGAUAAUUGGGUUUUUUGGGUCAUGAGAUAUAAGCAGGAUACUUAAUGCUAUCCAAGCCAGCAUUUGAAAAUUAUCAAAUCACAACACGUUGAUAACAUGGUGACAAAUUUCAUGGUAAUUUUCAUGGCAGUGGUACAGGGGAGACGGAGUCUGCAAAAUCUAUGUAGAUGCCUUUUUGCUUUUGAGUAAACAAGUAGUGUUGUUGACCUGACCCUGACACCUGAGCAACAAAGCCUAGCUGUGGAACUAAUUCAAAGAAUUCCUGCUUUACGUUUUUUUUAAUCUAUUUAUAUACUGUUCAACAAGUUAUAUAGCAUGAAAGUUUAUAGUACAAUUUUAAUUACAAAAAUCCAAAGCAUUAUUUUUUAACUGUAUCUUAGCAUGAGCCAAUGCUGCCAAAUGAUAAUCUAAUUAGUUAUCAAUUCCAUUGUUGUCUAGAAUACUUGUUUGCAAAACAUAACAGUAUACAUAGUUGUCUCUCUGUCUGGAUAUUUUCUGUUCCAAGAAACAAAAUUUCAAAUAUGAUGAGGUCAAACAAACAGUAUCUGUGUAAUUCUGUACAUUUAUGUGUUGAUUUAAUUUACAUUAAAAACUUGUAAGAACAACAACAUUGACAAACAGGAUUUAUUCGAAUGUAUUAUCCUAGUUGGUUUAACUACCUAGAGAAAAAGGAAAGAAUAGCUUUCAUUUAAAAAAAAAAGAAAGGAAUUUUUUGAUCCCUUUAUAGAUACUAUUUCCCAAGCAGUUUGGUUCAAGAUUUGAACCCUCACCUGUACAGGAAAACACUCCUACAGUUAGAUACAUGGCUGUGGACUACAGAUAGUACUGAGUGUAAAAUCUGGAUUGAUGCAAAACAGAGAAUAGACCUGUUACAGUAUAAUUAUCCAUUAGUUAAUAACUCUCAAAAAAAGGAGAAUAAUUUGGUCCUUUCAGUAAGGUAUGAAAUCAAGAUUUAGUUCUCCAGAAGAAUGUUCCCCAAGUACUUCGUUAUUGCCUUUUGAAAGGACCGUCACUGAUAACCAAAGGCAUUUCACAUUUGACAUUUCUUUUUGAUGAAGUGCUCAACAAUACAAUUUUGACAUGAAGCUUACACCAAUGAGGUUUAUUUGGUAACAAAAACUAGCAGGGCCGGCUAUAAGUUUGAAAGUAGAGGACAAUAAUGGUAGGCAGCCAGGUUGUUGUGGAGAUCAUAUAGUUUUUUCAGAAUACGUGUAAAGUGGGGAACCAAAUUAAGUCAAAAUACCCCACAUGUUCUAUUUGCAGAAAUUUUCUACCAUGGAAUUGAUUCACCCUUGUACAUCUGUCACUUCUACUUGUAAAUUAUGGACUUGUUUCCCUUAAAAACUGGCAAAUGGCAGCUGUACAUAGAUGGUAUUUCCAUAAUUGUAUAUUUUUUUAAUAAGCAUAUCAUUAAGCUUGUAUUAGAAUAAAGUAGCUGGUUUAAACUGACAGACUAAGUUGUUGUUUGGGUUGCUACUGAAUUUUUAUUGGUAGCUCUGUAAUUAGUCUGAUAACGCAAAUUAAUUGUGAAUGAUUUUAGUCAGUAUACUUGUAAUUCUGCUGUAUUUUUUGAUUCUGAAUUAUAAAAUAGUGGAAUAUGGUUUACCAGUAGAAUGUAAACUGUUAUCUGAGUAGUGUGCAGCGAUAGAGCUCUUCAAAACAAUUAUAGGUACACUUUGGUAAUUAACCCUUUAACUCCCAAGAUCUGAUUGUUAAUUCUCCCCUCCAGCUGCUACACAUUUUCUUUUAAAUUAGUUAUGAGAAUUUGGUGCUAGAUCAAGAAAGCAGCUUCUAUCUAAGAAGUUUGAAUAUUCUCAUGACCUGUUUGCUGAAUAAUGUAUGGAUAUUAUUGGGAGAAGUUUCAUGUUAAUCACUUCUGGGAGUUAAAGGGUCAAAACAAAUGAACUGUGAAAAUCUAUAUUUUGCACUUAAAAUGAGAAGUUUCAUUCUUUCUGUGCAAGGUAUGUUAGCUCUAUCAGUCAAUGUGUAUUUUAUCAUUAAAUUGAUGUAUUUUGAAAUUAUGUAUUUAUAAAUCUAAAUAGGAUGUGAUGUUGUAGACAAAAUUAAGAGCACUGAACAACUAUAAGAAAAGAUUUCAUGAUGAAAGCAUUUCCCUUCUUCCUUGAAUUCAGAAUAAGAAACACACAAUUUGUUAGAAAAAUGUACCUUACAUGUAAUUUCACAUUUCUGCUUUUAAGUUUAAAUCCUCAAGGAGAAUUCAUUUUUGAAACAUUGCAACCACCCUGUGGUUGUACUGAGUCAGACAGCUUAAUCCAGACCCUCUAUUGUUAACCUGUUGGACCCUACACAUGUUAGCUUUGGUCAUGUUAAAAUGUAGACUGCAAACUACAGACUGUGCAGACUGUGGAAUUAUUUGUUACUUGCCAAUUUGCCCUUCAAUCCAGUACACCUAUGAUUUUACAUUUUUAUUUAUCAUCCUCACUGAAAAGCCUUAUUUACAGAAGCUUCCAUAAACUGUGUGUAUGUAUGUUUCAUCUUAACAACAUUGUCCUUUCAAAAAAUGUGGGGUGCAAGUGCAUGAAUACAAUGUGAAUAUAGUCUUGGUGAAUAUAGUCUCUUAUCUUUGCAGAGGUAUCUUUAGAGUAUUGAUUCAAUAUCAGCCAAAACAUCAUUUGGAGAUUGUCACAAGUUAUAUGUUUAUUUUUCGGUUGGUACAAAGAGUGAACAGAUCCCCUAGAACAAGUUGAACAGGUCCUCAGAUAUCAUUUUUUUACUAAACGUACAUGAAGUUUUGAGUGGUUUUGCUGACCAGUUCCCAUUUUGUUCCUGACCCUUCCCCACUUUAUCUGUAGGUUCAGAAACCUUCUUAUUUCCAAGUAAGGUUUGCUUUUUUGCUUGCAGCACUUUCUUUACUGUAAAGUUUUCUGGGCUGUCUUGUGAAGAUCCUGGUAAUUAUUUGCUUUGUCCAUGCAGCCCAUUCCUUAUCACUUAAUCAGUGUCUCUGUCCAAACAAAUUACAUCUGCAGUAAAGAAAGAAAGAGUUAACACAAGUAUAAGACAAAAACUGAAAUUCACAUCAAAUACAAGGGCAAAUUAAAAUAAACUUACCCUCAUUGAUCUCCACCUGUGCGGCAUGAGGCUAAUCUCCAUUUGCCAGACAAACUUGAACCUGUGAUUUCAUCCAAAUUGUUGCAAGGUAAAAUGAGCUUUAAAUGACUCAUAGAAUUAUGUCAUGUGGUGUCCAAAAAUUUGAAACUGUUCCAAUGUUACCAAAAUAGUAUGAAAAAGGUGUACAAACCUUAUUCAUAUGCAAAUCAGAGUUAGAAAAAAAAGCAAACAAAAAAAUCGCUUGGUCUGCAUGGUCUGUAGUAUGCUUUUUAACAUGACUGUGUCAGCUUUCAGUUUGGUUUUCUAUAGCAAAGUGUGAACAGGACUGGACAGGUCAUCUGAUGAUAAUUAUUAUUUGAAUAGUUGAAAAUUUGCAAUUGAGUUUUUUUUUAAUUUCAGUAUUAGACUUUCUUGUGUGCAUAUUAAGUGCAUGUGCUGCAUUUACCUCUAUUUAAGGCUAUUAGAUGAGCCAGAUUGGUUGUUAUCAGUGGUUUAAUUUUUUUGUUUUGUUGUUUGGGAAGAGGGAAAGUGAUAUGUAAUCAAUUUUUUCAGAUCCUCAUAUCAAAGUAGCAGGCCUACCAGACUCUGUGCGACAAGCAAAAGAGAAAGUCAUGGCAGUCUUAGAUACAAAGGUAGAAUGUUUCCUUGUAAUUGCUUUGUUCAGUUUCAAUUUAUAAGGUUUUGGUUUUUUGGUCUUCACUAAAGGGUUGUUGGCAGACUGUUGAUUUUGAUGUUUACUUUCAACAUUUAGUCAAACAGGGUGACUCUUAAAAUGGAUGUGUCUCACACUGAUCACUCCCAUAUCAUUGGGAAAGGAGGAGGGAAUAUUAAGCGAGGUAAGCCAAGUCCUUACUUAAUAUUCCACUGAUUUCAAUACUUUCCUUUGAAGCACUCAUCAGAUGUACACCACAAAAAAGAGUAGCAAAUGCAAUCAGGGUAACAUGCAAUUUACAUGAAAGUAAUGACUCACUUUGGAUUGAAAUAGCCAAAUUUAGUUUUACAAUAACUUUUUGUCAAGCAGCUCUAGAUAUGAUUAGUUAAACAAAGGAGGAGUUAGGCUGGCUUGUAAAAGUUUGGAAGGGGAAAUCCAAAGGGAAAUGUGUACAGUAUAUAACAUGUAUAUGUCUCAUGACUAUCAUGGAGUACAUGUCUGACCUUCAUAUACACUAAUCUUUGACCCUUUAUUGUCCCAAUCUGCUGUAAUAUGGGAUGUUGUAAUCAUCAAAACACCAGAUCACAAUGUGAUUGUUGUCCUCUGAAGAAAGAUCAAAUCAUGCCAAUUUGCUCUCAAAUGAUUUCUUGUUUAGUCCUUGGAAAUCCCAAGAUCUGAUUCUUAAGCAUACUGUCAUAGAGUGUUACUGUGAGUAGAUUUUCAUCCAAACUGUGAGAUGUUAUAGAAGAAACAUGUUAGCUUAUUAAUUACUCUCCUGUUUUUUUCCUUGUAGUUAUGCAAGACACUGGAUGUCACAUUCAUUUCCCUGACUCAAAUAGAGGAGCUACCAAUGAAAAGAGUAAUCAAGUAUGUUUUAAGUAUGAUUAUGAGUUUCUUUUAAACUGUAAGAGACACAUUCAAGUGAUGUUAGAUAUACAGUAGAGUGACAACCUUUUCAUAAGUUGAAAAUGCAUUUCCAGGGCGUGAAAUUGCGCCUAAUACAGGCACCAAUGCGACUAAAUUUUUCACUUUGGCGACCAAAUCCUGAAAAUUAGUUGCAAAUUGGCGACUAGAAUGUUCCAUCAUAACCUUACCUAGAGAUAUAGUGAAUUAAAAAGAUUUGCAAAGACAAAUCUGCGGCAAACUUCCUCGUUAAGUUUGCAAAACGCAGCAGAUGCAUCUCGAUUGAUAACUAGACGCCAUCUUGGAUUUAGGUGAGCUUAAACAUUGCAUAUCAUCCAUCCUAGUGUCCCCUUUGUAGCACGUUAAAGAUCUUUUCCCUAACUUAAUUUCUAGAACGAUGGCAGCGUAAAAAAAGGUUUCGUUUGUCUUUCAAAAUGGCGACCAACUUUUUUUUGAAUUGGCUACCACUUUGAUGAAUUUAGGAGCCAAGUGGCUAUCAUAAAAAAAAAUUAAUUUCAUGCCCUGAUUUCUGAGCUGAGGUAUGUGCCGAUAUUAGGUUUAAGUUUUUUGGAACAACAAGUGAAGCUACAUAUAUUCAUGUUCUUGUGCUUGUCAUGUCAGCCUAUAUGAUUUACUAAAUAUUUUCAUGAAUGAUUUGGAGUAUUUUAAUUUGGUAAUGGUUAUUUUUAUAUAUUGAUACAUUUUUAAUUAGGGAAAUUCUGUAAUUGCAGGUGUCUAUUGCUGGCCAACCUUUAGGUGUUGAAAGUGCAAGACAGCAAAUCCGGGUAAUUAAGAUUAUGACUAAAUGUUACUAUGCAAUCUUUGAUCAAGAGCUAAAAUAAUUGUUUAAUUUUUCUUCUCUCAGGAUUUACUGCCUUUGGUUCUGACAUUUGAUUUACCCUUGAGUGGUAGACUACCUACAGAUGCCAAUUCACCAACUAUUCAGCAUAUAGCCCAAACCUGCAACGUCUCUAUUUCUUUCAAACAGGUGAGCAAAGGAAAAUAUUGGAAAGGUAAUGAAUGCAAAAAUCUCUAUUUGGCUUAAAAUAUUUAAAUUUACUCUGUAUGUGCUGCGUGUCCUUUAACAUAAUUUGCUCACAAUUUUUCUCAACCUUUGCUCAGAAAACUGUCUGCUUCCUAAAUUGGUUAUUUGUCCAUUGACAAUUAUCAAAGGAGGGGGUCGGUAUCACAAUUUAUUCAUUUGUUUUGUUCUUUUUCAGAGACCUAGAGCGGGAAAUCAAACGGCAGUUAUAAGAGGAUCACAGCAGCAUAUAAGUGGCAUAAAGGUUUGUAUGAAUUAGCAGCAUUUGUGCAAAAACAGUAUUUUCAGUGUUUUCUUUUGCAUAACAUAUUUUGUUUAAACAUUUUUGGUGGAGGACUAUCUGCAAAAUAUUCAUGUUCAGGCAUAACAAAUGAAGAGCAUCUAGUAAUGGUCACUAGUACAUGUGUAGGUUCAUUGUCAUAAUCAUUAUUAUGACAGUGAGGAUAAUUAGAAAUGAUAUUGUUAUAUCAUUAUAAUCAUUAUUGUAAUCUUUGUCUUUAAGAACAAAGGACAUGUAGAUAUUUAAGGACAUAAAGUGCAUGUGUGAACCCUCAGUCCAUCCUUUUUUCAACCCUCCCCCUUAAAAAGACACCUUAGCAAUGAAGUGUAUCCUUCCUUAUAGACUGGGUAUUAAUCACCAGAAGCAUUUUGUUCCUUCAACAUGUAGUGUUGCUCUUGCUUGAUUUGAUCAUAUUCACUGUGCAUACAAUUUUUAGCCUAUGGUUGCCAAUAACUGGAAAGUCUAAGUCAAUCUUUUUAUGGUAAGGUGAUUAAAAUAUUUUAUUAGAGCCGGUACAUGUGGUUUUUUAUGUUUUUUGUCUAUGUUCUCAGGAUGCCAUUGCCCAUCUUGUUGGACACUUGACAGCAAAAAUAGCUGUAAGUAUGACAUUGUGUACAAAAUUGAUAAAUUAUAAUAAAUAUACGUUGUAGGAAGCUGAAUCCAAAAAUUUUUGUUACAUCUAAUCAAUUUGCUCUAUGGUAGUCCAGUUGAAAACAGGAAAUGUCACUAUGAAUUUUACCUGUUAACUCUGAUAUGAUGGUGCAAAUUUAAGGAUGCUAUUAACAUCAUUAUGUAUACAUGUGUGUUCAGUCUUCAGUUCCAGUGAACAUGCAGAUAGAUAUUGCACCCCAGCAUCACUUAUUUAUAAUUGGAAGAAAUGGUAUUAACAUCAAGCAAAUCAUGCAAAGGACAGGAGCAAAGUGAGUUUUGCAUGUAAUGCACAAAAAACUAACUUAAGCUCUGUAUUUUACUGUGUUGUGACUUCGAUUUGUUUAUAUUCACUCCUCGAUAUUUUUAUGUCUGAAGUUCUUUAUUGUUUAUUUUUUUUAAAGAUUGAAUGUUUGUGAUAUGUUGAUCUGGUACUUACUUUGCAAAUCAUUUUCAAUUUUUUUUGUUUCAAUUUAUUCAGUUAUUUCUGUAGUUUGUGAAAAAAGCUCAAUGCAUAUGCCCCUCUCCCAUGUUUUCAGUCAUGAGACACAAGUAAGCCAUACCCCCCAAGCAGCCAUAUAAUAAACUAUAUUUCCACCUUCAAAGAAGUUAUUUCAUAAGGAGUGCCAAUACAAUGUUGCUAGAAAAUUCUGAGCUCGAAAAGUUACAGAAUUUUAUAUCCCUGCUUCUCAUCUCUUUGCAGUAUUUUAUUUCCUGAUCCUAAUGGCACACAAAGGAAAGGCACAGUAUUUAUUACUGGAACAGUUGAUGCAGUCAUUGAAGCAAGAUCACAGCUUAUUGUAAGAAGAAUGCCUUAAAGUGGUUUAUUAUUUUAAUUGAAUGACAAUACAUGUACAUUCUUCAAAAUAGAUGGAAUUUGUCCUUUUAUUACCUUUGUCCAAUCCUGGAUAAUUGAGUAAGGCAUAAAAUUUGUAUGAAAUCCUGAAUUGAUUUUUAUUCUAUGAUCCAAUAUUUUUUUAGGAUUGUCUACCCCUGAUAUUGAUGUUUGAUCUCAGAGAGGAAGAUGGAGAUCCAGAUAUACGUGAGAGUCUUUCUUACUGAAAAUAGAUUUGACAUUGACUGACAAAACUUUUUCUUUCAAAAGUGGGGUUUGCGUGUACAAAUCUCUUACUUGUUCUGACUGGACACAAAUGUUGUUAACACUAAUAUUUCUUACAUAAAAUUUACAUGUCUGGUAUUUUUGAAUUAGAAACAAUGCUCUUUUAAUGAAUUUGUAGGAAUAAAGCUAACAUUCCUAUGUUCUGUUUUCUCCAGCAAAUUUGAAUAAAAUAAUGGAGGCAUAUGAUGUGUUUGUCAGUGUAAAACCAAAACCCAAGCAGCCAAGCAAGGUAAGCAAAUGAGGCUUAGUAUUGCAUGGAUUAUUGAUGUGGAGAGAGGGUGGAGUUUGGUCUACUGGCUGCUACUGUACAUAAAUGUACAAGUCAAAUCAUUGCACAAAUGAUGUUAUGUAACUUAUACACAUGCACACAGAUGGAAUGGUCUUAAAGUGCUUUGAAACAGUAUUUAGCAUAUGAUUCUAAAAUUUCUAUUUCCUACUUUUUCUUUGUUUGACCCAAAGUGAACCAUGUCAUAAAUUUUUGUAAACUGUAAAUGUUUAUUUGCAGUCUGUGAUUGUGAAGAGUGCAGAAAAAAAUGUUGCAAGGAUGUAUCUUGCGAGACAAGAAAUUCUAGGACUGGAUGGAAAUGAAAAUCUUGCUGUAUCAUCAACAAUCUCAACAUCAAGCUCAGUUGAUCAUGGCAUUCCAUCCCCAGACAAUAUGUCAAGAAAUUACUUCAGUAAGCUCAGCCUCAGUUCGUCACCACCAGGUUACCUAUAUGACCACAUGAAUGGACACACAAGUCCCAUGUUGAGUCCUAUUGAUCCAGCAUCCAACAAUCCACAUCCAUGGUUUGCCUCAACCAUGGCUCCAUCAUCACCCACAAUCUCGAACAUGAUUGGUGGUUUAGUGACCCCACCAAUGAAUCCUCUUAUGAACCGCUCAACAACUUAUCCAAGCAAUCCACCACCUCCCCCUGGCCUUGGUCCACCAGUUACAAUGUCUUCUAUGCAUAACAAUGUUCCGGGUGGUUAUGUUAUAAAUUAUUCUGGAUCUCUGCCUAGUUCAGAUGGAUACGUUGGCGGCAUGAGUAUAGGUAAUAGUACCAUUAACUUACCAUAUGGGGUCAUCUGCCAUUGUUGUUAGAAAUAAAUUUGCUGGUUAUAAACAUUUUCCUGGCCUGUGAAUUAUAACUGAAAAUGAUUUUCAGAGUAAAAAAGCAAGAAAUACAAUUAAAUUUGAACAUGUGUAAACCUUAUAUGGGAAGACUAAGAUAUUUUUAUGUCCCUCUAAUGGAGGUAAUUGUAGUGGAAAUAAGGGUUGAUUGCAGUCUAAAGUUAUAUCAGUUGUUUCCAGCAUUGAAAUUACGCAUCUUGCUGAACUGAGCAUUGAGAUUACUGUUGCAGAUGAUAUACUUCUGACAUCAGUUAUAAAAUUAAUAUUUAAGUUCAAUUUUGCGGUGAUAUUGAUUAGAGGUUUUUUUCAAAGUUACCAAAACUAGUGCAGUUGUCGACCUCUCAUGGCGAUAUUUGAUUUGUUUACAAUUAGGAGCAGAGCAAAGUCAUAAAUCACAGAAUCACUUGAGUCGAAGAACCACUAGUCCUCAAGGACAAAGAACACCAAGCCCUGAUGACAGACAGAGUUUGAAUGGCAGUCCUAUGAGACGAAGCUCUUCUGGAAGUUUGAGUCCAAGAAGUCCUAAGUGUACAAGCCCAAUGACUGUUGAGGAUGAUGGUAAGUUUAUUUUAUCUGUAUAAAAUAACUUUUUCUCCGCACGAGGUACAUUUUCUUUUCGUCAGAUAUCGGUUGCUUAGCAAGUCGGUUUUUUUCUCCAUUCUCAAUUUUGACUUUUUGGGUAAAAAGUUGCAUGUUUGACGCAACCUUGUAACCUUCAACGGCGUAAAUACCAAGAGCCAAAUACUGAAUCAAACUCUAGUAGAAUUUUGGCAUUAAUUAAGCAUGCUUGCAUGUGUAUUUAGCCUUCAGGAUUUGUAAUUAAGCGCUUCUUUUGACUUAAUGUGAAUUAUUCACAAAGUAGCCUUAUAGAGAAUAGUCUGCAAGCUUUAAAUUUAUUCAACGAGUGUUAUUUCGAUAUUUCAACUAUCGCCAGCAACUGACCGUGAAGUGGCCGAUAGUUUUCGUGGUUCAUUAGUAUCUCAUCGUUUUUCGAAGUUUGCGAGUUGUCUUAGGAAACACCAGAGGAAAUAUUUUUAAGAAUGAAGAGAUAACAAAAACUUACCAGUAAAAUAGUGCUUGGAAAACUGCGCCACAAUUUUGUUUUGGUUUUGUUCUAGCCGGUUGUUAGGGAAGUGUGCUCGCGUCACUUUCCCGCCGAAAUAGGGGUCGCUGAUUGGCCCGUUUUUUCGGGCCCAGUCUGGCGUUGCCACAGGUUUCCUUGGUAUAGCGGAGGGUACACACAAAGCUCAGUCAGUCCUAACUAUUGGCUAACGUUGGAACAAGUCUAGAAAAUAGACAAUGAUAGCCAGGAUAAAGUUUGUAGUUGUUAUGACAAUAAGCAAACGUUUAAUUACAGACGGAAAUGACUUUCUAUGUGUUUCGCUGAAUUUUUAGCCCCUUCUUUAACAUAACCCGCGAAAUUGCUAAUGUAUGAUUUCUACUGCGGCUACUGCGUGUUAGCAUGGCAUCGUGGUUUUAUUUUGAGUCUGGAAAUAGAAGUUAUUUGUAUGGGAAAAGCAGCGAACUUUGAAACCAAUACUUUGUUCAAACGCAGAGAGCAAAUUGAGGACUUUUGUAGAAUGAAACUUCUUGACAUCAGAUUGACCGAUGUAUUGAUUUGUUCCUUCACAGCAAAUCAUAACAGCGUGGCCAGCGGAAAUGACCUGACUGACUCUAUCGUAAGUAACAAAGACUUACUGAACACGCAGUUAACGCACUGAGAACCGAGAUACAUACACCAGUCAACGUAGACUUCUGAAGAACCCUUAACCGGCCAUAAACUCACUACUUUUAAGCUUACUCUUGUCAUACUUAAAGUAUACUUAGGAAACUGAUUCAUGAGAACCAUAAACAAAGUUGUACGCUUUACUGCUUUCUAUUUCGAUUCAUAAACUUAACAAUACUUUAGCAGUGUAACUGAAAUACGGUCAAACGGUCAGAGAAAUAAAAACGCAAAGAUAGACGGCCCACAGUACUGCUGUUGAUGCAGCCAGAUUUCUUCUUUAACAAGAACAGACAGACUAACCUGACUGUAAACUUUAGAAUGCACGAAUGACAUUUGCGGAGACGACCAUUACGAAAAAAAAAAAAACAGGGAAACGACAGACAUUUUGGAAGACGGACAGACAGACAGAGAGGACGACAUACGUAUUGGUAGUGGCUACAGCUCUGGGUAAAUACUUAUACUGGCAUCCUGACAUAAUUCAACAUCUGUAGAACUGGUAAAAACUGAAAUACUCACAACACUCACUGGAAUGUCAUGUCAAUAAGACUACGGAGACGAUGAGAGUAGAAUGAAGACAGACAAACGGAAACGUACAAAAGAAUGGAUAGAAGAACGGUCGGACCGACAGACAGUAUAGUCAGACAGAAGAUAACGGCACAUUGGUACGGACGGACAGCCACAGGCAACCUUACAGAGAGACAAAAAGACAAAAUAUUUAGCAGGAAUGUGGCAAUACCAAGGUGAUAUGAUUUUGCAAAUAUUGGUAAGUAAGGUAUUACAGGAUAAGAAGGCCAAAGGAGCUCUUUCGGUUUAGUCAUAAAAACUCAGGCAGACGGACAAACAAACUACAGACGGACAUUUAGAUGCGGACAGAUAGACGUAAAGGCAAAGUCACCUGAAAAAGUUUUGCUCCUGGCAACUUAAACUCAUGCAUGGCACAUGGAUAUCGCGGCCAGCUAUGAAAGUUUUGAAUAAGAUUUAAGCUUAGUAAUCUCACGUCUUUUUCCAGCCGUAUCACGACGCUAAGACGCACGGCAGUAAUGAUGGAGCCCUAAACCCAGUUGGUAUGUAAUAAACUCCACAGUGUUUUAGGUCAAAUGCACAUGAAGUCUCCUAGAAAAAGCGAAAAAUAAAACGAAACAAAACGUUACAGAAUAAGGAGAAGCUUGCCGCAAAUAACAGGGAAACAAAAACUUCGUCCGUUCAUUUGAAGGGAAAUUUGCGUCAAAGUAUGAUCAUUAGAUGUUGGUUAUCCUUUUUCUAUAAGCGAUAGGGAGAUUCAUUGUGUACCAUGUAAACUUUACAGUAUUUUUGUGUCAUUUAUUUCAGGAUCCUCAGUCACUCAUGGUUCUAAAAGACAAACUGUUCAAAUAUUUUCUGGUGCAAAAAAUGUUAGUCUUCGGUGAGUAACCUGGUUUUAUAAUUUCUUUCCUGGUUUUUCUUUUACUGAUUCAGCUGUGUCUCUUUUUUUGGCAGUAAUAGUACGUCAAGUCUUAACUCAGAUCCCAGUGAAUCAGAUGACAGCCUUAGUUCGUCUUUAUCGCUGUAAGUUCAAAUACUUAUCCUUUGUUGAAUGAAAGUGUUGCAUUCUGAAUUCCUACCGCGCAGAGUUACAUAUGAUAUUGUUUCGCGCAUGGUGGCUUAGCUUAUGCUAUAAUCUCGGAAUUCACCAGAGUGUUAAAUUGUUAUUUUCUGGAAUAAGAGAUAAGUGAACCAUCACUUUGUUUGCAGCAAUAAAAAAAGUUAUUGUUGUUAUUAACGUAACCAUGAUCAUAUUUGAAAGGACUUAUUGCUGCUCCAAGAUAUUGUAUACUCGAAUGUGGUAACCUACCCCCUUCCCCCUUCCCCUUCCCCCUUCCCCCAACCUUUUUUUUUUGUAUUUUAUUGUUUAUAAAGUUGAGUAGCGCAAAAAUAUCCUUGCGGGUUGACUUCAACCACAUAAUAUUUAUAAUUUCACCGAGAAACAAAGGACUACAGUUUUUUUUCUUCAUUUAGUGCAAGCGGUUCUUUAAUAUUAUGAAAUAUUAUAUUCUUCAGCCUGCAGCAGCUCCUACCAAAUACCCCCAUUCAGCCGGUAAGAUACCUGUUACAGGUUCUCAGGGACUGCUUGAAAAUUUGUUUUAAAUUACUUGUAGCUUCCCAGAUGUUUCUGUGUUUUUCCAUGGUUUGUUUCUUAUUUUUGAAGUUUUUUUUCCUUCCUAUUGUUUUUGUCGAUGCUUUCUUUUCCAGUACAGUGUGAUAAUUUGCAUAUUUCGCCUAACACUCAGCUUUUACUGAUCAACAGGCUGCUCGUUACGACUAUUUGAAGUCCAAGGCGACCGUAGGUAAUGCUACUUAACUUUGAUUAGAUUUAUCUUUGAAUAUUUACUAGGCGCCAAACUGUUACUUGUAACUUAACAAAACAAAACAUUCACAAUAUUUAUAUUAUAACUAAAUUACAAGACUUAUGAAACAACUGCAGUUGAUUAUCCAGAUGAAAAUCUACGACUAAGCCAGUAUGUCAAAAACAGAGAUACAACGCUUGCUUGAAAAAUCGUUUUUUCAAAGUCUUCCUUAAAACUAGGCACAUUUUAUAUGGUAUCCAGUCAGUGUUUCAUUGUUGUAAGACAAAACAGGUCUCCCAUCUAGUACAUAGUCAGUUUUAAAGCGUCUUAAAUCCAAAACUAAAUUAAUCCAAUGAAACUCAAAGCAAAAAAACAAAAAAAAAAAACAAAAAAAACAAAAAAUGCUCGGGGAAACGCUAGUUACCAAGUCGAGAUUGGUUAUAGCUUUACGUCUGUUAAGAAGAGAGAUAAGCAAGAGUUUUUGAGACCAAUCACAAAGUGAAGGAAGCGAAACCGAAACAAUUCUUGAUUUCUUUACAUGGAAACAGAAGUCACAGUUACUUCAUUUUUAUUUGAGGUAAGAUGUACUGAAUUAAUGACUCCAGUCUUUCUUUAUCAGCCAUGCAGAAGAAAGUUGUUAUGAACGAAGUGAGAACGCCUACAAGCCAUUGGAGUGGUCUUGGAUUCUCGAAAUCAAUGCCGGAAUCAGCAAUUAAAGAAUUAGUAAGUAAUAGCACUUACACUGAUAGCAUCAACCUUUUUAGCUUUAAAAAUGAAUUAGGUUAUUUUGACCAAUAUUCACUCGUUUUAUUCACGGUUGUAUGGUGAUCGAGGAACAUAGAGUUUCGUGCAUUUACAGCGCCGACCUUAGUACAAAUUUUCAUAGUCAGUAGGCGUUCCGUUCCGUUUGCAAGAGUUGAGGUGAAAUUUCGAGCGUGCAACCGUUUUCAUGCGUGCUUCAUAUUGGAAUAAGUAAUGUUUGAUCACGGAAAGUGUGGUUCCUUCGAUAGCUCAGUUGGUAGAGCGGAGGACUGUAGAGCUUGCUAUGAUAUCCUUAGGUCGCUGGUUCAAAUCCGGCUCGAAGGAGGUUUUUUCCAAUACUAUUUUCUUCUUUACUUUCUUUACAAUAAUUUUGGUCAUUAAUAAGAAAACCUAAAACACUAGCUUGAGUUAGCUUUCAAAAGAAACUAUUCCGCAACUGGAAAUGUCAAAAUAAUUUUCUUAGCCAUAUUUAUCACUUGUUACCAUUUUUGUUCUUUUUCAGCUUGAUUUCAAGGCCCAUACCAAAGGGAAUCUGUUGCCGUAUAAUGGAUCGAUUAAUGGAAGUUUUGAAGUGAGUUUAUAUGGCCCUUUUUUUUUUUCGUGAUUCUGCAACUUGAUAACUUUAUCAACCCGGCAACCUUAAAUCUCUCCUUAGAUAAGCGAUUCGUGGAGACACUCCCUAUUAGACAGACACUAAUACAUAGAGUAGACACUCCAUGUCAGAAAGAAGAUUCCACUGUGACGAAGAAACUUUCCGCCUCUCGUGCAAAAACAUAUGUCAUGAAAUGUUCGAUUUCCCUAUUUUGUUUGAAGUCUUUGAUGAAUAUGUUUUUUUUAUUUAUUAGGCUACCGAUACAUCUUCGCUGUUCAGCUCUGGUCCAAGAGAAUCGCGGAGCAGAAGUGGAUUUGAGGUUUGUAUCAUUGUUUGCCGGCUCCCACUUCAUGUUCAUCUACAGUGAACUUUCAUAGAUUCAGGCUGUAAGUCGGGCUGGUUUUCGUGUACUUUCAGACGAAUGCAAGUCACGUAAGCGGAUGGAGUGAAAAUGAGCAAAGACUUUACUUACGGGCGAAAGGAAGGGGGAUGGAGCUUUGUUUAUUCCAUUUCACCCUUUACCUUGGUGUGACCCCUUUGGCUCGGGUUCUAACCACAUGCACAGAUGCGUUUUCAGAACUGUCCGUUUUCAUCUCAAACAAAACGAAGCCGAACAUUUUCACCCACACUAGCGUUUUGCUAAUUUGCUGUAAACUGUCCCCAAUACAACGUUUUCAAUUACAAAAUGUAUACACUUCUGAUGAUGUACGCUUUCGAUGUUUACGACAUAUCAGUAGCGUUGCUGUUUUUAGUUGGGGUGCUGGUCGUUGAAUCUGCCUCUGUUCUUAUUUCAAUUUGUUUUGUCAUUCUCUUGUAGUCUACGCUAAGACCAGAACGCCUUGACGAAGAAGAAUUGCCGGGUGAGUAAAGUUUUUUAGGUAGCUUGAGGAGAGCAAGUGUAGCCCGUUGUCAGAUGUUUUUGAAACUAAAAAAAAAGGUUGAUAUCCGUGAAAAAUUUGCGCGCUUAUGAUGGGUUGAAAACGAGUGCGUUCUCAUGUAGUACGAUUGUAAAGCUGUAACACGAGUGCAAAUUGCAAAUAGCGCGCGCACGCUUUUAAAAUUUCGUCCGUCUUGACUUGUUGUGUUGUUUUUUCAUGUAUAUUGUUAACAAGUAAUAGCAUGAUUUCACUUGCAUUUUGGUGUUAUAGGCACUUGUAAAUUGUUCAAAGACUACAAAUUGCCCUCGCCCUGAGGGUAAUUUUUUUGUCGUUGAAAUAUUUACUCGUGCUUAUUAACACCAAAUUGCACUCGAAAUCAUGUUUUUGCCUGUGUAAAAUACAUCGCUCAUCCUUUACCGACUGUGAUAUUAAUUGUAUUUUUCCUUUCUGUAGCUGAAUGUAGCAGACCAGGAACCAUUGGCUCAAGGAGGAACAGCUGUUCAUCCACAUCCUCUUCAACUUGUUCAGGUGCGACCUGAAAUUGCUUGUGACAAAGUUCUUUGUUUGAAUUUUUUUCUUUUCUGGUUCUCUAGGUCUCUUUAUUUGGUGUCCUUUUACCUGGAGGAAAUUACGCGAAUUCAUCUGCCAUAAUGCGCUAAAAGAGUAUCUUACGAUUGGCAGCACUCCAGCUAUAGUAUACUUAAAUUGCCGAAAAAAAUUACACGAAAAUCGAUUCAAAUGCUCUUCGCCGUUGAACUGAUGCAAAAUUGAGGUUGCUCUACCCAAUGUUGUAUUCUUUUCCGCGUACUCCUUUGCUCUGAUAAAGUAUGCACGAAACAGCACGAAAGUACAUUUAUUCACUCAGAAAUGCAUAUCUGAAGCUUGAAUAUCUUCUCAUCUGCCCUUAAAUACAGUCCUGAAUAGGUCAUCGCCGAUAAGUUAUUUUUCUCUCGUAAUUAUUUAUUAUGAUUCUGUGACCCUCAGAUCUUCGGGACCUGUUUGAGAAAGUUGGUCUUGAAAAGUACCUGAGGACCUUCCAAGAACAAGAGGUAGGUUCCACCACAAGCAAGUAAGUUACAUUUACUUGCUUUCUCUCAGAACAGCAAAAACCUUAGUAUUUUCCAGAUGUUUCGCAAAAGUUUCUUUUCCUUCAAGUAACCUUACUAUACUGUAAAUCCUCAGCUUUGGAAUUUUUCCCUUUUAUUUUCAUAGUUUCCUUUACUCUAAUUGUGUAAUUCUAUUCCUCGGAAUAUGCAAACGGAUGAGAUUUUUGGCCUAUCGUUCGAAAUUCCACCAUCGCGUGAUAUUUGAGGCCCUGUAUAUUUGAUCAUUCAGUGAAAAAGGAAAGAGAGAGAAGCUGGUUUUUUUUUAAGUAUAGCGAAUACUGUAAAGGCUUUAUCUCAAAGACAAAUUUUGUGUUCGCGAAGGUUGACUUGCCAACGUUCCUGACUUUGACGGACGACGACCUUAAGGAACUGGGAAUAGCUGCUUUUGGUGCGCGGAGGAAAAUGCUUCUGACAAUUCAGGGUGAGUUAUUGGUACUGUCACUGAACAGGAAGUGAUACUUUCUUUUUAUCAAGUUUAGUCGCUACUUUAACCAGAAGAUAUGUACCUGACCUACGCUUUUAGCGGACAACGUAUGAAAUUUAUUCUCCUGAAAGCUUCAUUUGCAAAGUUAUUUUAAGUUAUUCAAAGGCAGGUAGGAUAUUUCUUGCUUAACUUGUUUCUCAACUUGUUUUCGGUACUCGGUAUUUAGUGGGAGCUCGUAGAAUCACGACAGUUAUCAUGUUUACCUUUAGCUUAUUUUUCAACCCUAGCAAAAAGGCAUGAACUGCAUGAUAUCUUCCGACGUUUUUCUCUCUUGUGGUCUUCUGUAUAUCCUAUCCUCAGGAUGCCAAGUUACUCUAUUCUCCCUCAGGAGAGCUUCACAUCUCUAAGAAUGGCUGGGAAAUAGACUCCAGCACACGUGUAAAGGCUUUGGGUAAAUUUCUAUACGCACAUUUCUACAUUUUUCGCAAAGACAAAUGCUUGUCAGGAUAUACUAGUGAGAUCCUCUGCUCCUAUUUGCAAUCCUAGAAACAAACGAUUUGUUUCCUAUGCUAAUCGUCUUUGAUUAACUUUCGUCUCGCAGACCUGAAAAUGAAACCCAGCCAUGAAAUAAAACAACCGAGUUCCGAUUCCACGGACCGUACUGGACCCUCGGGAAGCCUUUUUUCGGACAAUGAUUUUGGCCCUCUCCCAUUCUGCAGACGACAUCAGAUUGGAAUCGCAAGUAAAAGUGGGAAAUGGUGACUUCCUUGAAAGCUUACCUUACUUAAAAUAUGUACUGUAAGUAUGUUAGAAGAGAGUUGACAUGACUUACCUAUUUCCCUGUGUUUUUAAAGCAAUUUUUGUGACUCGUAAAGGAAGUUACUUAAAAUUCGCUCUUAGAGAAGACUUAAGAACUAUUGUGCUAUUUUGUAAGGGUGUUCUUAGAACUAGCAUUUGCUAGGGUAAGUUAGUCAAGGGCCGCCUUAGAUAUAAGAGUGCGCUCGAUCUGACUGAAUGGGAGAAAUUAUAAUGGGAUUGCCGUUUAUCAACCCUAUGUGCGCAGAUAAAUUAUACCAGAGAAAACCAAGUAAAUUAUCUAAAGCAACGAACAAUUUUGGUUGGGCUGCUAACAUCCAACCGGUGCAGAGGUUGUAAAUAAUACACGUUAUUGCAGAAAACGGAUUUAGCAUUAUAUAAUUAUCUAAUUUAUAGUUUGUGUGCACGUUAAGUUAAUUAUACAGGAGAGUGAACUACACACUUUUCUCUCAAUUCGUUUGUGUUGUGAAUGUAACUGAUUAUUGCCAUUUUCGCGUAAAACAACUUUCCUGCAGCAUACGAGAGAUUUAUCAGUUGGCAAGAUGUUCAGCAAGUUUGUUUCCAAACUUCGCCGGCAAAGAAUUUCGCAAAGUUGAGUGGUAAAUUAGGCUUUUUCAAUGGUUAGGAAGGGGUGGGGUGGUCAACAAUUGGUUAGGGGACGGGGGCAAGAGACGUUUAGCAAAAAAUUAAAUUUAAGGUAUGGUGGACCCCCCGCCCCCCCCAAAAGCAAAAUUAGUAUUCUUCCUGUGCUGAUUUCUAAGUUCACUCUUCUGUUUAAGGUUACUUAAUUAAUAUUAUUCGUAGUUUGGUAGAUAUACAUAAAAGAAAGGAGAGGUUUUAAAUUUAUUGGGAACAAGAUUUAAAUUAAGGAGCUUCAGACUUCCGUCAGAUGCAUAUUAAUUUUAUAGAAAUUUUUGAGACUUUUUAUACUCAUGAGGAGCGAAUUCCUUGGGUUUUAAACAUCCUUAUCUCGAAAGUACUGCGAUUUGAACACGUACUUACACAUGUGUUUUAACAUGUUUUCCAAAUUUUGAAACACUCAAUUCAUGAAUUUGACGAGGACAGGGAAACUGUUGCUAGUACAUAGCUAUUGAAAUUCAUUUGUCAACUGCGUGACACAUUAUACACUUACCAUGCAUCGCGUGACACAUUACUUGUGCAACCUUUGAAAGUCGCGGAGCAUUACAUUUUCAUGGCAGUUUACAUUAACUAAGAGAGUACCAGUCUUUAACUGGCUGUAACUGUUAAAUUUCUCUUUUGUUUUUCAAGUCAAAACUACUAUCGAUAGAAGUGACUAAGUUUCUCUAUUGCGGGCUAAGAAUUGGUUGAAAUCGUCAGCGGUACUUGCCGUAAGAUCCCCACUCUGGUAUUGCAUAAACAGACUUGUUUUAACGGUCCAAAAUAUAGACAAGAACCGUUUUCGUGUGCUUAUUCCCUGGAAAUGUCUAUAUUGUGUAUUUUAUGUUCUGGCGUCGUACACAACGGUUGUGAAUUGACUUUAAUUUUUUUUUUUUUUAACAAGAGGCAGAUCGUUUUGUGACAUUUCUGACUAGUGUGACAGAUGAAAGAAACGCAAGUCUAAAAAAAAUUGGCCUUGUUUUCUAUAUGCGAUUUCAACUCUUCUGAGCCCUCUAAGAAUUUGUUUCCGAAGUAAUGGCUUGAGUUCUCAACGCUUGAGGCGUGGUCUUAGUUAGCAGAGAUACCAGUAUCCCACUAUUUACAAAUUACACUUCACGAGAAGCCCAUUUUAGUCUUCAUUUGAACAAACAACCGUGAAAAAAUUCAAAAAGAGAAAAUGAUAAAAAUUUAUAUAAAACAUAUUUAGAGACAAGGUGGAAAUUACUGGAGGCAGAAAUUUUGCUGCAGUCACACAAAAAAACAAAAGUAAUUUUAAUUGUUUAGUAAAGAUUGCCAACUUUUUAACGUAUUGGACUGAUUUAAAGACUUGCAUGUUUAAGCUAGUGCAUGUAAAUGAAUUGUAUUUAACAGUAGUGGUGAAGCAAAGCUUUUCUUCUCAUAGAAUGGUGGAAGUUUGCUCAAUAACGCCUUGCUGUGUGUUUAAUACUUCAAAAUAUUGAACGAGAUCAUUCUCAAAAAAAAAAAAGAAAAAAACGAAAGAAUCAGACAAUGACCGGGAAUUUGAAGAAGCGGGCGUUUAUUAACAAUAGCGUUUAUUGGUAGUCAUCGGACGUUUCCGACAACUGAUCGAAAAUUUCCGGAGAGGAUUUUCAAUGCCCGUCACCAAUAAGGAGCCUGAGCAUAGACGUUUUUGAGACGAGAAAAGCUGCAGAAGUUGAGAAUUAUUUUCCUUAGCUGGAGCUUACAACAGAUGUUUUUUUUAACUAUAUGCAUUGAGAUGCUAAAACUGUUUAAAGCUUUGCAGUCGGUUCCUUGAUGUCGAAGUGCAUUUGAUCGGAAGUCGUUACUUCCUGGCGGCGUACCUGUCUCAGAAACGUCCGCGCUCGGUCUUUUGUAACAAUAUCAAAUAAUUACCGACCAGAAUCGAGUUUGAUUUACCGCAGAGUACUCAGGACAAGCUUUCUAUCUGGCCAUUGUAGAAUAUACUAGCUGCGUAACAGAAGCUGUGCAUAGAAAGUAUUACAUUCAAAAUUGUUUUUUUUUUUUUUAUCCAGGCUAAGGCGCCUUCAGAUUAUUUUUGAAAAAUAUUUUAUGUUAAUUAUUCGUUUGCACACAAAUCAUUGUGAAGUGUAAGAAUUACACACACGGUUGACUUUCACUUUUUGGUUGAUUGCACUAGUUUGAACAAUUAACCCGUUCAGCCCUACGAUUGUUUUAACGGUUUUAUUUUAUAGUAGCUUCGUUUCAUUACUCGUAAAGUUUGAUGAGAUUUUAAAGAUGAUUAGCUUCGUAAUUCUUAAAAUUAUUAUUGAAAAUUGAUGAUGAUCAACGAACGGGGCUGAUAGGGUUAAGAACUGGAAUUGUUCACAUUACGCCCUGUUGUAGAGGGCAAACUAUUUGUACUUCACGGCAGAACCAUUUCAAUGAACGUGCAGAGGUAAUUUGAAAGCUAUACGUUUGAUGGUGCGUGACAGCGUAGCCCUGUAACAGAAUAAAUAUUUUUGAAACGUAAACAAUUGUCUCCCUGUCCGUGUCUGUUUACCGCACAAGCCAUUGCAAGAAACUAUG